ACGACAAGACGAAUGGAGGCGGAAACCCCAUGGAGUUUAAAUCCAAGCAGUGGUUCGGAGCCUCGGUGCGAUCUGACGGAGAGCACAUCCUGGCGUGCGCUCCGCUGUAUCAGUGGUCCACCUUCGGCCAGUCGGAGCGAGAGCCGGUGGGAACGUGUUUCCUGAAGAAAGAAGGGUCGGUGGUCGAGUACUCGCCCUGCAGAUCGAGGCAGCACUCUCCGGAGGGGCAGGGCUUCUGUCAGGCCGGCUUCAGCGCAGACUUCCUGAAGGUACAAACUCUCCCUCUAUGUGGUAUUUUCACUUUGACCAGAUUACUUUUACA